AAUCCUGAGCAAUUUAAAACUGCCGGGUUCUGGAGUCUUCCAUGGGCCUCUGCGUCUUAGGAGAGAGCCGAUCUCUCCCGAGACUCCUUCGUCCCAUCCUCUGUUUUCUGUCUUUCUCCUACCCCCACUUUCGAUUCUCGGGAAAACUUGGCCUGGUUCCGUGUUCUACUCGUCAAAGCAAAGAUGUAGUCCGCGUCGAUUCCAGAAUUUGAUGUUUCCCCAUCUGGGUUUCGUCUAUUUUUAGAGAUUUCGGGAAAUUCGUCGACAUUAAAUACGAUAAUCUGAGGAGGGGGAACUGUUCUUCCUCGGUUCUUUCUCUGUUUUUCCUCUGGGCUUGAUCUGCUGGGAUUAAUUUAACAAUGGCGGCCGAGGAAGACAAGAGCAGCGACUUGUAUGCUGUUCUGGGUUUGAAGAAGGAAUGCACUGCCACGGAGCUCAGGAAUGCUUACAAGAAACUAGCACUGAGAUGGCACCCAGAUCGUUGUUCAGCGCCGGGGAAUUCAAAGUUCGUGGAAGAAGCGAAGGAGAAAUUCCAAUCCAUACAAGAAGCCUAUUCUGUUCUAUCUGACGCCAACAAAAGAUUUCUGUACGACGUAGGAAUCUACGAUAGUGAUGAUGACGAAAACGGGAUGGGAGAUUUCUUGAACGAGAUGGCAGCUAUGAUGUGCGAUACGAAGCCAAGCGGCAAUGGAGAAGAGAGCUUUGAGGACUUGCAGGAGCUGUUUGAAGAGUUGUUUCAGAGGGACAUAGGGGGAUUUGGGUCUGCCUCUAACACAGUAUCUUCUUCUUCUUCAUGUUCUUCGUCGUCCUCGUUUGUUUCUUGCAGUGCGAACUCCAGUGCCAACAAGCGAAAUUCUUCUGAAAUGAAUUCUGGAAGGACUAAGGUGGGGGGCUCCUCUAAUUUUGAUGGUCACUUCCAGACUUUCUCUUUAGGGGUUGGUUGAACAUGGGGAAGAUUCUAAUAAGGGGAAAGGGGCAAGAGGGAACUCGAGAGCGUGUGGUGGCAGUAGGCAGAGAAAUGGCAGGAAGCAGAAGGUGUCAUCUGGCCAUAACGUCUCAUCCUAUGACUAAUCUAUUGCUAGCAUUUCGACUCUUAGAUUCAUUAUUUGCGAAUGGGUGAAGGCAACCCAUCGAAGGCAAGUUUAGUCAUUUAUGUAUUGACUCUAGUGUUGAAUAGAUAGACAGCGAAUCAUGAGGUUAUUGGAAAGCACUUUUAUGGUGAAAUCUCUGGUAAUAUGGGAGGCGGAAGAAGCAGAAGCAGAAGCAGCAGCAGCAUUCAGCAAGGCUCAGCUGAAGAAGCAAUGGUGUUAUACGUUGGAGGUGCUUACAUCUUCUGGAGUGUAGGCUGAAGAAGCUUUUUACCCGUGUCCGAAAUUUCCUUGUUAUUUUUCUGCCAUUUAUUUUCCUGUGGUGGUGCAAGUGCCCAUUUGAAGGUAUGCGAUGUUCCUAGUGUUUCUCGUUUCAUUUCUUUACGUUACUGUGUUUGGAUGAAGAAAUGAAGAUAAGAUUGCCUCUAGCAUUUCCCUUUCAA